AUGAACGUCUGCCCCCUUGUCGAGAAGAAGCCGCGCCACCGCCUCAUGCCCAACUUUAGACGCCCCGAUCAGUGCCGACUGUCCAUAGUAAUCCUGAGCAUUGACACCCGCCCCCUUCUCGAUAAGAAGCCGCGCCACCUCCUCAUGCCCGUUCUCAGACGCCCUGAUCAGUGCCGUCCUUCCAUCACUGUCCCGAGCAUGAACGUCUCCCCCGUUGUCGAUAAAAUGCUGCGCUACCGCCUCAUGCCCGUUCUCAGACGCCCAGAUUAG